CUUGUUUUUGUUGUUGCAGGGACUCUUAUUGUGAAGAGUAGCGCUAGCUCUUUGAGGGUAUUUCUCCUCCUGUAUUUUUGCUGUGCCGAGUAUUUCUAAGUAAAACUGCGUUAUGGACUCGAACUUUCCGUCGCCUAAGUUUCUUCGAAGAACCCCCUACGUUACACUCCUCUUCGCAGCAGUGCCUCUCCUUCUCUUCGUAUCAGCAAACGGCAACACGUACGAGCGUGUGCUCCCAUCAGGUAAAAAGGUGAUCUGUGAUCGCUGUCCUCCGGGCACUCACCUGCAUGCCCACUGCACAGACACGCGCCCCACAGACUGUCGCCCCUGCAGCGCAGGAUUUUACACCGAGAUCUGGAACUACAUCCCCGAGUGCCUGCCCUGCGUCCCGUGCGCCCUCAACCAGGAGGAGACACAGUCGUGCACGCCCUCCCAGAACCGCGUGUGCCAGUGCAAGGAGGGAUACUACUGGCUAUCACACUUCUGCAAGAAGCACACGGUGUGUUCCGCUGGACAAUGGAUCAAAAACAAAGGAACCCCAUACAAAGAUACAGAGUGUGAGCCAUGCAGAGAUGGUCACUAUGCAAAUGGAGCUGCAGGCAUCACAAAGUGCACCCCACACACAGCCUGCAAGGGUGAUGAGAAGCUGGUGAUCCACGGGACCAACUGGCACGACAACAUGUGUGUUACUUGCAACAACGUCACAACAGAAGGCUGGCCCACCCUCAUCAAGCCUCUCCUCUCAGAGCUGUUCGCCCAGCAGAAACAGCGCCGCCUGCAGCGCCUUUAUCGCAUUCUUAAAUUAGACGUGAAUGACGGGGCGUUGCAGUCUUGGCUCAGUACGGCUUCAGAACAGCAGCUGACUGACCUCCCAGCCAUUCUUAUUAGGGCAAACCUGCACAGCCUGGCUGACAAAGUGGAGCAGAAAAUUGAGAGAUUCCAAGAAGAAGCCAAGUAUUGUAGCAACAACAUCAUGUAAAAAAAUCAUUUCAAUA